AAUGGCCACUUCGGGGACGUCCGCACUUAUGUGAUAAUUACCAAAACAUGAACGAAAUAUCGUAAAUUCGCGAUUGUCACGCUGUGAGUAAUAGUCAUAGUUAGGUGUGGUGAGAUCACUGAUAACGUUGUUAAAAGACGUCUUCUACAGUUGGAUAAAACACGAGUGUUAAAAUGGUGAAAGUCAAUGAAAAGGAUGAGACUUCAAAAACUCCUGGACACGACCCACUUUCCUCAAUGUCAAGUGAAGGAUCGUUUGUUGUUUUGGGAACAUCACCUCAUGAAUCUGAAAGACAGCCUGCAAGUGAUAUUACUAUUGUCUCACAGCCACCAAGUUUUAAUGACUUUAUGUUGACAGAUUAUCAGACACCAUCGAACUUACCGGAACCGCUAUCUGCUGACUUGAGUCCAGAAGAGGUUCACAAAAAGCUUGAAGAGGUCGUGCAGCACAAUCUUCAUCUGAAAGAGCUGUUGUUCCAGAAUAACCUAAGCUGGAAACGUAAUUACCAGAUAUUACUAACAUGGCAGGAAGAACUCUCAAAGCAGCAACAGAAGAAUAAUGAAAAAUUUGCAGAAAAUAAGGAGUUCACAAUGAAGUUGAUUGCAGAAAACAAGGAGCUAAAACGUUACAUUGAGGAAUCAAAACGAGGAAGUGACCAUGAAUUGCAGCUGGAAGCUGAAAAUGCUGAGCUUAAGAAAAAGACAGCAGAAUUGGAGAAAAGGCUGGCAGCAUCAAGUGCAAAGGGAGAAAAAACAGAAUGUGGAACACCAAGUAAGAAAGAACUAGAGUUGAGCAGUCUUGUAGAACAGUUGAAUAAACAACUUGAAGCAGCAGAAAGAUCAAAACGGCAGCUAAUAAUGGACAAUGAGCGUCUGAGUGCCCAAAAAAGUCGAUUAGAGAAAGAAAUGGAUAAUAUAAAGGCUGAUCUAGAAGAGCUGAAGGUGAACUGUCAUAAGUUAGAAUUGGAAAGAGAAGAGCUGCUCUCCAGAUCAAAUCAUCUUGAUGAGAGCUCUACCUCUCCUCAGUUGGAUGUGCAAAGUAAUGAAGAGACUGAUUUUGCUACCAGCAUGAAAAAUUAUGAGAGACAUCUACAGCAAAUCAAUACAAACCUAGAUGAGAAGACUGAAAGGUACACAACUUUGGACAGCUGGCUACAGGUAGCUGCUGACAAUGUUAAUCAGUGGAAUGGAGUCCCAAGUGCAGAUUCUGCUAUUAUAGCAAAUCUCAAGAAAGAAAUCCAGGACUUACGACAAUUAUUAAUAAAAGAACAGAGCUUUGGACAUGAUAAAAAAAUAAACUUAGCUGAAGCUCAGUCACAGUUUCAGAAAUUAUUCUCAGACUACCAAGAACUUUUAGAAGAGUGGGAAAAAUUUCAUGCGGAACAGAAAACAAAAGAAAAACAAAACAAUGAAUACCAUGAAUUUCAAGUUCGAGGGUAUGUCGAAAAAAUAGACAACCUUACCGCACAACUGAUGUCAAAAGAAGAAGCUCUUACACAACAGAAACAACGAAUUGAUGAACUGACUAAAGAAGUAAAGAAGCUUGAGCAAGAAAAAGAAGAAAUUCCUGUACUAAAAGCCCAGGCGGAAGUAUACCAGUCAGAUUUUAUUGCUGAAAGAGAAGCAAGAGCUAAUUUGGCAGGAGAGAAAGAAAAAUUGGCUGAAGAUCUAAGAAAACUCCACCGCCAGAACAAGGAGCUUCGGGAAGAAUUAGAAAAGUGUCGGCCUGACAGAGGUCGUUUGAAUAGUGGUUGGAACACCUUUUCAGCUCCAGGAAGGCCUAGGGUAAAUGGCCAGAACCAGCAACAAACUUCAGAUGUAGAAGACAGACAGAGUAUAUACAAUGAAGAAAUCCCCCCUCGAAAAAAGUAUGACUGUCCAAACUGCAAUAGGCAAUUUCCAAGGUUGGAUCAUUUAGAACUUCAUGUGGAAACUUGUCUUAACCUGACAAACUGAGGAAAGACAGGUGAACGACCUGUACCAUUGCCCAAAGUGCAACAUGAGUUUCUUUGUACUUCAAGCUCUGGAACGGCAUGUGGAUAGAUGUCUGGAUCUGCAGAUGUUCCCUGAAUGAAGUGCCAACAACAGCUAGAAGAUAAUUAAUCAAACAUUUAUUUUCAUGUAAAGAAACCUGCUUAAACUGUAUAUAGUCUUCUAGUUAUGAGAGUGGUUAAUAGCAUUUCCCAUAUGUGCUUGUACAGCGUUCAGAAACAAAUUCUAUGUAUGUUGCAUCAUAAAUAUUUUAUAAUAUAUUUGUCUACAUAAUUAUCCUAUUUGCAGUUUUCUACCAUCUUUAACUUUCUGGGGGACCUUUUUUAUUUCUUUAUUCGUUCAGUGGCUUUCAGGUAGACUUCAAAUUGGUGCUCCGUGUUAGCACUCAGUUUCCUUCUGCAGCCCAUGUGCUACAUGUUCAGUUUGUAUUUUAUUUGAUGAAAAACUCUUCAUGACAUAAUGUUUGUACAUGGUUUCUGAAUAUUGUUUGAGGUGCUCCCAUAGUUACCAUUUCUGUUGUAAACUGUGUAUGUGUGAUUAGUAUAUAUUUUAUUAUGCAGUUUUGUUCAGUCAUUGUCAGAUGGUGCAUUUGUGACCAUUAUCUUCUGUUAGUGUAUAAUUCUUCAGUGGAGAUUUAAUUCGGAGGCAGAUCAUCAGUGAUUUAAAACAAAAUAAGUUAUUGAUAUCCCAUAUAUUACUGUAGCCUUUUUAUUAACUUUCACAAAAAAUUAAAAUAACUUUUUAGUUAGCACAGAGAAAUGAGGGAAAGCAGUUUUGCCACAAUCUACAGCUCGUACAAUGUGUUCAUACGAUCAUUUGGAAUAUACCGAUUCAUUACAAACCAAACAAACCCUGGUAACUUUCAAUCAUUUGAUGCCUUUUUUUCCUCACCUUUACUGAUAGCAAAUUGCUAAUAAAUUUCAUUUUUACAUGUGCGAUCACUGUUAAAAUUUAGCAAUCAUGCAUUGUUUUCAAGAAUAUUCAUUUCCUUACUUUUCCAUUAAUAUUUCCCUUUGAUUUUUGCCAAAUUGCACUCUACUGAUGAAAUUUGGUUCAUGACAUCACUUAUCAGUGUUUUGUUCUAGUUUGUGACAAAGUCAGUGAGUUGCAGUGCUUUUCUGAUACUGUGAUCGUAGUAUUAGCAGUCU